GGAACCGGCUCUUUUCCACAGAUUCCGCAUUUGUUGGAAACCAUUUCUGUGUCUUGCUGUCAUAGGUAAAACAUUUGAUCGCGAAAGACAUGCAUCCAUCUCCUUGUUUUUAUUGAAUUCCGUAUUUGUCAACAGCUUCCGCCUCUGACAUGGUUCAAUUAGCCUAACUAUCAUUUUCCUGGAAUAUAUGUACAUUUGUUUACCUAAAUUUAAAUAGUUUCAACCCAAUUAGAUGCUAUUUGAUCAACAUUUGCUUGACUUGUUUAAAGUUAAACGCUUGGACAAAUGGUUGGAUAAAGGAAAGCUCACCAGGAUAUAAAGGUGGUUGAUGAAUCUUAGAAUUUGAGAUUGAGAGACACCGUAACGAAACCCACGAUGCCGAUCCCGACAGGAAGACAGAACCCGUACGUCCAGGAAUCCCCCUACGGACACCAUGGGGGCCACCAUCCACAGAUGAAUGGUCAGAUGGACAGAAGCCACAUACCCAAUGGUUACCCCUCUGGCAACGGGCGCCAAAAUGGCGUACCACAUGAAGGACCUUCAAGAGGCGUGAAUAACAACAAUCAUAAGGGUCAUUACGGGGUGUAUGGAGACCCGAGACAUUUGGCUGAACAUGCUAGCAGAGACAAGAGAAGACCGGUAUCGUACCCCAACGGUCACCCUCCGCAGGAGUACGACCCCUCCCGUAGGCCUGUCUCCUACCAGCAGGGCCACCAUGAACCCCAGCCACACCCACAUGGCCACGCCCAUCAGCAGCCCAAGCAGCAGUCCCAUGUCCCCUCCCACCACCACACACAGCCGCAGCACAGGUCCAACAGGUUCCCAGUGGAGCAUCUGUACACAUUUGCUAUGGAUAAGAAGGAUGGGGUGGUCUCGGUAGAAGAUGGCAUCCGGAAGCUGAGGAUACUGGACGAAGGGAAGAUCUGGUCGCAGGACGUCAGACUUAUGGUCACAGAGAAGGAAGUGGUGCUGAUGGAUGAAUAUACUCAGGAAACGUUAGAGGUGUUCCCACUGCAGGACAUUGGAGCAGUCUCGGCCGAGCUAAAGCAGUGUAACUACGACAGUCUGCUCGUCAUCAUUGUCAGAUACACCAGCAAGAGAGUUCCAGAGAUGAUGAUGUUCCAGUGCGAACAGGUCCCGGCCCCAGACAUCGCUAGAUCCCUACAGAAGGCGGUUGAUUACCAUACAUCAGGCAAGAAGAAGAAACAACACAGGUCGGAAAACUACGGCAUGGUACCCGGAGGACCGUCCCAACCACAGAUGCAGUCGCAGGCCCAGGUCCAUGGGGACGACAGGAGGAUGGCCUACGACACCGACAACAUGUUCAUCCCGCCCCCUCCCGAUGAACCUGCCCCGCCCCCGCCCAUCGAUGUCCCCGGGAACGUCAAGAACAAGGUGGCAGCCUUCGCUGCUGCAGCUGCUGCUGCACAAGGCUAUCUUGAUCAUAAAGUAUCACGCACUAGAAUUUCUAAUGGGAAUGGUAUCUCACCAAGGGGGUUCCAGUCUCCUAAAUCAGCUCCAGUAAAGUCAGCUGAGUCGGAGGAACCUAUUGAGCUGCUUGCUAUGAGGACAGAGAGGGAUGUGGAAAUUCUGAAUCACUGCUUCGAUGACAUCGAGGCAUUCAUCGGCAGACUACAGAAAGCCGCUGAGGCAUACACAGAGCUAAGCCGGAGACGUCAGUCCAGGAAGAAUCGUCGGAGGGAACACGGCGAUGGUCUCUUAUCGGCUAGGUCAAGACCCCCUACUGAUGGGGAAUACAUCGAGUGCUUCCAAAAGUUCAAAUACUGUUUUAAUUUACUGGCAAAGCUGAAAGCCCACAUCCAUGACCCCAAUGCCCCCGAGCUGGUCCACUUUCUCUUUGUCCCCCUGAAGCUGAUCAUCCAGAGUUGUCAAGGUCCGGAACUCGCUGCCAGCGUGGUCUCUCCCCUCCUGAGCCCCCAGGCGGUGGACCUCCUACAGAACUGCCUCACGUCUAGGGAGAACGAGCUUUGGACGUCUCUGGGCAGGGCCUGGACCUUACCAUCAACCGAAUGGCCCAAGGAUCGCCCCGUCUCCCGUUACGUCCCGCGCUUCCGCGAUGGAUGGACACCGAGACCUAUCCCAGAACCCCAGCCUCAUCAAGACUUCAAUACAAGCGUACUUGUCAACAAUGCGUCAGUUGCUGCCAGUGCGGCUGCGGUGGCUCGGGAGUCGCCAAGGAGGCUCUCUGAGAGGAGCGAUCAAGCCGACGGCCCGGUUUUCGGCCACAACCACCAAAGGCAACCUUCCAACGAUAGCGGCCACAUCGCUAACGGGCCGAUCAUCCACAGCAACGGGCCCAAUGCCCACUCAAAUGGACCCAGUACUCACACGAACGGUCCAGCUACUCACACAAACGGGCCCAUCGGUCACUCACAUGGACCUCCCACCCAUGCUAAUGGAAACGGUUACCAUCAGCGUCAGACCUCGGACCCAUUGGCCCAUAGUCCUAGGACCUCAGCAGUUCCUACCCCUCCCCCUCCAGCUCCGAAGCCAGUAUCCAGCCCCACCCCUACCCGCCCUGGGGCCAAGAUGGCAACCGCCAUCUUUGAUUUUGUCGCACGCAACUUCAAAGAGCUGACCAUAAUGGCAGAUGAACAACUUGAGGUGUUAAAUGACCAACGUAAGUGGUGGGAGGUCAGGAAUACCUCAGGCCAGUCCGGUUACGUUCCCUCGACGCUUCUCAAGAUCACCUCGCCCUCUCCAAACACCAACACCAACUCAAAUCACGUCCCGGAGCCGCCAAACACGCUACCGCCCCCUCCUCCCUCUAUGUCAACGUUUGGAGCCCCGCCCCCUCCUCCUCCACCACCCCCAGCUGAUGGGUCAGGUAGACCAAAUUCAACUCAAAAAGCAAAUGGUAUGGACUUUGCCACGCAGCUCCAAAACACAUUAAAGAACAAACAGUUAAGACCAUCAAAGAUACAGGAUAGAGCACCGUCAUCUAGCAGUCAAUACGACACCCUCCAGGAAGAGCUGAAGAAUCGCGUCAGCAACGGAGGAAAGGCAAAGAAUUACCGCAUUCCCAGGCGAAGUAUCAGCGAUGUCUCCCUGACGUAUGAUUCGGGUCGGGAUGAUGUGAAGAGAUGGCUUGAAUCAAAAGGUUUCAGUCCCAUGACUGUGCACAGUCUUGGAAUCUUGAAUGGUGCCCAGUUGUUCAGCCUUACCAAGGAAGAGCUGCAGCAAGUUUGUCACGAUGAUGGCUCCAGGGUCUACUCCCAGCUCAUGAUCCAGAAAGCUGCUCUACAGGAGGAGCAAAAUGGAAAGUCUGAGCUCGACGCCAUUAUGAUGCAACGUAAAUCACGGGUCCUCGACGAGACCCUUCCCCCGCCCGAUUUCAUCCCGGAAACGCCUCCGGUUUUCGAUUCACCUACAGAGGGGCCCCCAGAUGUCCCAUGGUGAAGUAACCUGGAACCUAUCACAGCGCUUGUAGAGCCUUCUUGUGCUAACAUUCUUGUCUGCUCAUCUUGGAUUCAUAAGGCCGUUAAAAUCAGCUCAUACCAUACUGCAUGUGCAAGGGCUGCUAUAUGUCUGCAUGUCAUUUUACCAUGUUGCCUACCCAAGCCAAAUAUUUUCUAUACAAAGCUUAUGGGAAUGAUAGGAUUCCAUCAUCUGCUGGUUAAAUUUCCAUUGCUUUUGCUUCAUUUAUUUUUUUUGCUUGCUCAUACUGGUUCGAGUGGGACUCCAAUGCUGCAGAGGCCAAAUCAACUCUGAUUUUUUUUUCCAUAGGAUUUCAUUUUUAAUUAUAAACAAGAAUGCCUCAGUGCUCUCAUUAACUCCAGUCUAUGUAUGCUAAUGGUUUUAGAUUAACUUCAGCAAUCAUCCGCUUUUAAAGCUAGUAUGUUUCAAUUGGCUGAUCCCAGAGUUUUUGGAAUAACUGGUGAUAACUGGCAAAAAGUAAGUCAGUGGGGUACAGCUAACUUGCUGACCCUUUCUAGACAUUCUUUGCCAGGGAAACUGAUGUAUGAUUUUACUGUCUGGCAUGUAUGGGAUAUAAAGCACCUGUUUCAUGGUACACCUAUGCAUCUGAAUGUUUUCAAAUAACCCAUUGAAACUGUAGAUUUCACGACUUCCCCUUCCGGUUAUCAUUUAUAUUUACAUUACAUUAUAUUCACAAAGCUUUGCCUGUUUGCUUCCCAUGGCUAUAUCAUGUUUUUUUUUAUUCUAUGGGCCAAGGUCCUUGACUGCAGUUAUCACAUGAAAUUUUCCAAGAAAACUUACACCAACAGAUAAGUUUGAUACUUUUAACAAUAAGGACAGUAUUCCACUUUUAGGUAGCACUUCACACAUUGUCUUAAUUUCUCCAAUGGCUGUACAAAUAUGUUCAUCGCUUUAAAUAGUUCCCAUUAAUGAAAUUAAUUUUGAUUUUGAUUCCUGAACUUGAACGUUAUUAAAAGAAGUAGAAACAGGUGUUCAUAACGGUAUAUAGGAAGUUUUGUUAGUAAGAUUUUCAUACUUCUGUAUUGCUGUAGAUAAAUCACUAUUUUUGUAUAUAUAUCCAGUAUGUUUCUAACUGUAUUUCUCAGUAUCACUUGCAUAAAUUUGGAUAAUUUCCAGUUUGGUUUUAAAUUCAUUUUGAAAUAAACGAGCACAAAUUAAAAUUUGUGAAAAGUAUAUGUCUGUGAGGAUUGAGUAUUCAUGUCUGGUAAUGAUUUUAUUAUAUUAAAUAGAAUAAGGAAAGGUGUUGUCAGAAAUGAACCACAUAUUAAAACAAAAUAGAUCUAAGACAAAAGCCAAAAUAAAUAUAUAUAUAUUAAACGAAAAACAAAACCUUUAAGUCAAUAAGUGAACAAAAAAUAAUUCGUGUUUUUUUACAUAGGCCUGCUUUAGUGUUUAAUUGAUUAUUCUCACUUUGUUGCAUAGAGGUAAAACAGUACUCUAGAUUUGUAUUCAAUUUCUCAUUUAGUCCCAUAUUAUUCAUUCCAAUGUGAGUACCCUAGUACUAAAAAAGAACUACAGUCCUAUUGUAUUCAUUCCAAAAUAAGCGAUAACUAUGUAACUUCAUGUCUGAACCUGUAUUCCAAUAUGUCAUGUUUUCAAAAGAAAAUUCAUACUUAUAUAUUAGAAUCAUUUAUAUUUUAAAAAUUGCAGUGGGAUUUCUCCCUUUAAAUUGUAUCCAAGAUUAAUGUGUAUAUUUUGUUCAAUUUCGCCUAUCGCAAAACAAUGCUUUAUAAAUGCUACUUUGACAUGUGUAUAUUAUAUAUUUUACCAGUAGUAUUCAAUUAUUGUAGAAAUUUGACUUGUAAAUUUGGAAUAUAGAGCUAUUUUAAAUGGUCAUAAUGAAAUGGUGCGUUUAUAAAGCAAAAAAGGUAUAAUUAUGAUAUCCAUGUUGUACUGUGAAUUUCCACUUAAUAUGCAUAGAGGAUGGGAAGUUUAUAUUUUGAUAUAUUACCCAAUGUACAUACAAAUGACAGUAGAGAACACAAAUGUAAAUAUAUGAAUGAAUGUAUAAUGUAAUUGAUACCUUUGAUCCAGGGUGGAAAUGUAUUAACAAAGUAUAUUAUCAAUGAUUGUGUUAGAAUUUUAUGCAUACAUUAUCAAUGUAUACCAGUAUUCCAUGUGUUUUGUAUCAUUGGGGUUUAUACAGGAAAUAUUCGAUAGGGAAAGCGUGUCUUUUGCGGGGUUUCGUGAAGUGCAGCUGUGCAAAUCGAGGAUGACCAAAAAGAUCAUUAAUACACCUUGGCCAAGGUAUUUCUCUUGCAUGUUAAAAAGUAAAGUUACUCAUACAGUACCUCUAUUUAAAGGCAUAAAGAAUUUUUUUACAACCAAAAGAAAGUGAAAGGGAAAGGGGUGAAAUAUAUUAUUUUCGGAAUAUUAUGUCAAAAUUCUAAUUACAAAAUUGCUCGCUCAAACCAUUUUGAUGAAUUUGCCGAUACUCAUCUAAAUUUUUGAUUCAUCAUACCACUGCCUCGAUUCAUCAUAUUAGUGAUUUCAAAGAAUGCCGUUUGUCUUCUGCGUAUGACAUUAUAAUCAAUUGCAUUGUAUCAGCUGCAUUUUGCGAAUAAACCAAAACCAUGCUUAUGUUUAUCAUUUAUAUAUAAUGGUGUGUAUUUAUAUUCAUAAAAUAGACAUUGUACAACAACUACUACAUUCAUUUUACAGAUUAGAUGGACAUGAUUAUGUUGAUUUUGUAAAUGAAGUUAUCUUUUGUAUUAGAGAGAGACAGAAAGAGAGAAGUUAUAUUAUGAGCGAAGGUAUAUCUUUGUCCACUAAUAUUUAAAUGAGAUUUUUCAAAUAUAAGUGACACACAUUUUUUCUUCAUGUAUUAUGCAGAUUUAUUUCCUACUGUUGCUUUACUUCACAUGUAAUACUACAACUUUUGUCUUACGAGGUUUAUUCAAGGUUUCUUAUGAUCCAUACCCAAUUGAUUCACUAUAGACACAUUAUCCUCAUUGCAAUAAAAAUACAUUUUUUCAUUUCAGAUACCGUAAGGACAGACCAACAAUUAAAAAAAAGACAAUCAGGGCUCCGUAACACAGAUUAAUGAUUAAUCAGUUUAUUGAAAGAUCAAUUCUGAUUGGUUCCUUGUCAGUCUGCGGAGCAGAAUGCACACGCAAGGAUGAUUUUGAUAGGCCAUUUCAUUUAGCGAUUUAUCACUAACCUUUGUGUUACGGAGCCCAGGGUCACAUAACACAAAGCGUAGCGAUUAAUUCUACGCUUAAUUUUAACGAUUCAUUGUACAUUUUAGUCAAUGCAAUAAAUUGUGAAUAAAAUGUUCUACGAUUGAUUACUAAGCCAUAGCUUUGUGUUACGGGCCCCAGAUCGCAUUUCUUUCAUCUGCUUUUCAUGAUGAAUUACCCUGUGAUGCAAUUGGGCAAUAUAUCUAAAUUAACACUGCACUUAUUAAAAUGAACCUGAUUCUAGUAUAACUUGGCUUUUAAAUGCUAAUGAAUGGGAUUGAGAUGAUAUGAUAUUAGUCUGGGUAUCACAAUUGGGAAAGAAAUCUUAAUGGUCCCUGUCAGAAAACUCCGCGGUCUGUAAAAUUGGUUAAUAAUGGAACUUUGGACAUGCUGGUGCAACUUAGCCUUUAAAUCCAAAUGAAUUUGAUUAAGAUUAUAUAUUGGUCGGGAUAUCCCGUUUGGAAAAGAAAUCGUCAUGGUCCCUGCCAGAAAACUUCCUGGUCUGUAAAAUUGGUUAUGGAACUUUCUUGGGACAUGGACUUCCAAUUAAGCCCAUGGUUUGAAUAACAGAUUUUGCUUUCUUGUGCAUAUUUCUAUUUUCUUCGGAAAUGCAUACAUGUAUUUUGACAAAUUAUGACACAUACUGUCGUCAUGCAAACUGUGUGAUGUGAUUGCACUUUUGCUUGCUUUAUACCAGGAAAACAACUCAGUUGUGUGAUAAAAAUAUAUAAAUGUGUUUGAGUUUAGGUCAUAUGCACACACCCGCGCACACACACAAACACACACAUUGGCACUUUCUGUCCAAAUUUGUCUUUGAUGGAUCCAAAUACUGAACACAUUGUGUAAACAUCUCAUAGAAAUUCCUGUAAUUUACAUUAGAUAAGGUGAUCAUUUCUUAAAAGCCAUUAGUCCAAAUGGACAGCUUUAAUAGCGUAUUUAUGUGGUACAUGUCACCGAUGUUAGACAAUGCAAAAAUUAGCACUAGCUUUGUACAAUGGCCCUUGUCCACUGUGGGUGAAGAAAUUUUCAACUAAGUGCAAACGGCAUAAUUAGAAGUAUUUCUUUUUUUAUUCAUAACUUAGUGUUAAUAUAACGCCUGUGCCCCAAACUGAUUUACAUCUAUGUAACAAGACAUGUAUAUUUUUAUAAACCUGCUCAUUCUCUGUAUUUCCAUUCAUAUUCAUGUUUUAUUAUUUAUCUUCUUUGAAAUUAUUUGUUCAAUGUGAAAAGAAAUAGUAGAAUAAGUAGUUCAUUUUUACAUUUAAAUUGUUUUCCAGUAAUAUAGCAAUGACACCUCCCCCAUCUGAUUUCUAAUGAUAUGCCAAUACAAAGGUAUACAAAUGGAGAUUGAUUUCUAUGAAAACAUGUGUCGAUAACACAUAAGCCCAAUCUUAAAUACAUUUGUAGUUUUUGUAAUACAAGGAAAUGAGAUUGAAUUAAACAAGAAACAGACACUUCUUAUUUUAUUCAAAUCUGGUUUCUAUUUUAACUGUAUUGCAAUCAUACCAAUUGUAAUUGCAUUUCUGUAAUAAGAUAUUAAAGUUAUAUAUUCCCAUGAAUCAUACUGCUGAAAAGAGAAGAGUACGUAUUCAAAAUGAAGAUAUAUCUGUAUAUAGAACUAUAGAUAUUCAUUAUUAAAGGGAGAAAUCAUGAAAGUUGAAUUUUCAUAGUGAUUAUUGACAUAUGCACUUUAUUUUCAUAUUGAAUAAUUUCAUUGUUAUAAUAACUACAGGAAUUUCAUUUGAAUAGAUGUUUUAUUGAAUAGAUAUGUGUUUAUUAAUUUCCCUUUUCCAUAUUUUUGUAAAUGAUCACACUAAUGCCUUUGCUAUAAAAGCUUGAAAUGUCACCAUAUGUAUGUAUUCUCAGAAAGAUUUUAUCACAUUCUACAGUUAUAUUCUAUAAUGCGGCCAUUUUAGAAAGAAUUUCCGAAAUGUCAAGCUUUUACUUGCAUACUCAUUGAAUGGAAUGUAAGUGUGUAGUACUGUGAGAGACAAUAUUCUUGUAGAAUUUCUGUUAUUAUUUUACAUGUAAAUGGAUGUGCCUUUAAAAUUUAUAAUACAUUACGUCAAAGGUUAAGAGGAUGAUUUCUUUAGCCUAUUCUUACACAUGAGCGUGAUCGCUCUGUCUGAUUUAUGGAAAACACACAACCUCGCCAAAAUGCAUGUGUUCUUUCGUGUCAGGGGCCCGUUGCUGGAAGAGUUGCAAUCAAUCGCAACUCUAAAAAUCAUGCGCAACUUGAUUUUCAACCAAUCAACAGCGCGCAUUUGAGACGCAUGAAUUUUAGAGUUGCCAUUGAUUGCAACUCUUUCUGCAAUGAACCCCUGUUCUCUGAAUGUGACAAACAUUCAUUGGCCUGUCCUUGUUUUUUGAGGGACGAGUUCAGGGGCCAGUUUCAUAAAACCUAUAACUGUUGUAACAACUAUGGCAACUACCAUGGCAACAGGGCUCAGCAGCCUAUCGAAAUCAAGGUUACCAUGGUAGUUGUCAUAAUGUCAAAGUAAAUGAAACGGGCCCCUGAUCUUUGCAGCCAAAGAAUUAUGACCCUUUUGGCUACCCAUAAUUUGCAUCGAUUGUACCGAUCACAGUCAUUCGUAAGAAUUGACCCUGGAUAUAUGCACGGAUUCACAUUAAGCAUACCACGGUGAAAUGAUUUACUGAUCGUUAUCCGCCUUGUUUUUCGUUUACUCAGCCUGACCAUUACAGGACGUUUUGCUUUAUCAUGUAUUGUUCCUUAGAAGUAAUUUAACCCUUUCAUGUCGCCGGCUUAAAUAUAUUCUAUCAUUAUGUGUACUUAUACGAGGUAAAACGUCUAUUAUUUGUUUUCUACAAUCUUCUCGAAAGUUAGUAUCGUACAUUGUAAUUAUUAUUAUAUCAUUGCGGGCAGAUUAAAUCGUAUUAUUACACUCGUA